CUGCCUUACGUAUCGGAUUCCAGCAGGAGCAUACCCAGGGCUGUCCCUGCAGCCGUGCGCAGGAGCACAACGCACCUUCACUGCUGGUGCUUGCUGCCACGCUGAAUCCUGCACAGGGAAAAAUGAAACCGUGGAGGAAUAUAAAUCCAAGGAGCCAAGCUCUAGGAUUUAAUGCAGUGCGAAGGCUGGAAUUUCCCACUGGUUUGUGUAGGGUCCUCUGCAGAGGUUUGUCUGUUCUUCCUCCCUCCAGAAGCACUUGAGCAGCUGCCGCGUGCUCUCCCAGGGGACCUGUGAUGCUUGUGGGUGGUGGGACCAGAGAAAGCCCAAGAUGUUUACAUUUCCUGCUGCUGUGCUUUCAGGUACAGCAUGGCGAAAUGAAGGCUGGGAGGAGAGCGGAGAAAGGGAGCAGCCUGAAUGCAUCACAAGGAGAAGCGCAAGGGGGAAAAGUGUUGUUCAAGCUCAAGGACGCUGUUGGUACAAGAAUAAAUAGACGUAAACUGGACAUGUUUGUUGCCGAGGAGAAUGUAGAUUUUCGGAUACAUGUGGAGAACCAAACGCGAGCAAGGGACGAUGUGAGCAGGAAGCAGCUCCGGCUCUAUCAGCUCUACAGCAGGACAAGCGGGAAGCACAUCCAAGUGCUGGGCAGGAGGAUCAGUGCCAAAGGAGAAGAUGGAGAUAAAUAUGCCCAGCUUCUAGUGGAAACGGACACUUUUGGCAGUCAAGUCCGGAUCAAAGGGAAGGAGACAGACUUCUACCUUUGCAUGAACAGGAAAGGCAAGCUAGUGGGGAAGCCUGAUGGCACCAGCAAGGAGUGUGUCUUCAUUGAAAAAGUCCUAGAAAACAACUAUACGGCACUGAUGUCAGCAAAAUAUUCAGGCUGGUAUGUUGGAUUCACCAAAAAAGGGAGGCCACGAAAAGGGCCCAAGACCCGGGAGAACCAGCAAGAUGUACAUUUUAUGAAGAGGUACCCAAAGGGGCAAGUGGAGAUACAGAAACCUUUCAAGUACACAACAGUCACCAAGAGGACUAAGAGAAUACGACCCACCAACCCCAGUUAAAAAUAGACGAAACAGUGUCACAAUAAUAAACCACAAAAAAAAAACUGCACCAGAGGAAUAUUUUUACAUUAAAAAUAAGGAAGAAGCUCUAUU